CUUCAACAAGAUAUCAAUCCACACUCUCUUUCACUGUCACCCAUUACCAUUUCUCUUAUGCGUCAUCUCUAACUGUUUAUUUUUUCCUUCUUUAUCCUCCAAAAUGCUGGUCUCCUUGACAGUAGGCAAGGUAGAUGCUGGAGUCGCCGUCCUGUUGACACAGGACAACCGACUGAUUGAGUUUCCCUCCGUCCUCCUCCCCAACAACAUCACAUCCGGCAGCAUCGUCGACAUCACAGUAGCGCGCAACCACUCCGCGGAAGAAGCCAGCGCUGCCGGAUUCCAAUCUCUCCAAAAAAGUAUCCUGAAUACAUACGGCGUCAAGACUCCCUCCCCACCGAUCCUGCGCCUCCGCAACGCAACCCAAACCUCCCUGGUGCUAGAAUGGGACCCGAUCGACCUCGCCACGGCAUCCCUGAAAUCCCUCUCCCUCUACCGCAAUGGCUCCAAGGCGGGCUCAAUACCGCGACCCCUUGAGACACGCAGCACCAAGAUCAGCGGCCUGGCCAUCCACACCGAGUACACCUUCCACCUGGUUUUGCGCACAACCGCCGGCACAUACCAGUCGGAAAAGCUGACGUGUCGCACACACAAGAUGACCGAUCUCUCCGGUAUCACGGUUACCGCGGGCGUGCUCCCGCCGCAGCAGAAGGAGGCCUUGGGUGCUGCGCUGGAUCGCAUUGGGGGUAAGCUGAUCGAUACGGUCCGCAUCGACACGACACACUUUGUCUGCACGGAGGGGCGGGGCCCGCUGUGGGAGAAGGCUGUUGAGAUGAAUAUUCCAGUCGUCGUGCCGGAGUGGGUCGAUGCUUGUGAGGCUGAGGGUACUAUCGUCAGCGUUCGUGGGUACUAUCUAAAUGCCGAUCCCAAGGCCAGGCAGCUCGGCCCUAUUCAUGCCUCCUCCCAGCACCAGCGUACUAUGUCUACUAUGACUGCCAAUACUCAGAACCAUAUCCAGUCGCAAUCUAGGCUUAGCUUACAGCCUCAGCCUACGCGCGAAAGAGAGAGGCAGGAGUCGGUUGGUGAACCUCCGAUUACUCCUUUCCCUGGGGCUGGUAUGAGCGGUCAACCGAGGGCUGAGGAUACGGAGUCCGAGUCUGGUGAUGAACAGCCUCCUCCUCCUCCCCCUCCUAAGGAUGAGGAUGAGGCUGUGGAGUCCAAGGAGGCGACCCCUGUGGCUCCAAACGGUCAUGCCGAGAAGAAUGGGGAGGCUGAUGUUGUGGAGACAGCUGGCUCGUCGGAGAAGGCGGAGGAUAAGGCCGACUAUGAGGAAAAGAAGGAAGAAAGUACACCAGAGAAAGCCGACGAAACGAAAGAGGAGUCUUCAAGUAAUGAGGGGAAGAAGGGCAAGGGGAAAGAAGGCGAAGGGGACUUCAAUGAAGUUCCUCUUUAAUGGGUCCAUGUGAGCGGUUUCCUUACGUCUUCUUUUCUCCCUGUUUCCAUUUCUCUUAUUCUAUUCAAGACAUUGAUUCCAUCGGAGCCUGUAAUUGUAUAGCCAGUUUGCCAGUAGAUGAGUCUUUAUCGGCACGACGUUUUCUAAUGUAUGCUCUUUUUACGGUUCAUAUUUUACCUUCUUGCUCCACUGUUAUAUGCUUGUACUAUAGGGGUAGCUGCUAAUGCUGCUUGAUUCAUC